AGCGGCUCCAACAGAUCCUCUAGUCAGUAGGCAACAGCGAGGGUUCAACACGGUCAACGUAGCUGGGGCGGAAGGCGUUCGAUGCUGUCUUUGCCUCCACUAUGGCAAAAAUCAUCUUGAGGCAUCUCAUCGAGACUCCAGUGCGAUACGAGGCAGAGUUUGAAGCUCGAGGUUUGGAAGAUUGCAGGCUGGAUCACGCUUUAUAUGAACUGCCCGGGCCAACCACCGUGGACCUGGGGAAAGCCAGGGUGGCCCAGCCUGCCCCCGUGGACACCGCAGAGAUGCUGCCCCAGAGAGACGAAUCCCGCUUCCAGGUCCUGCUGGACGUGGUCCAGUUCCAACCUGAAGAUAUCAUCAUUCAGACCUUUGAAGGUUGGCUGCUAAUUAAGGCUCAACAUGGAACCAGAAUGGACGAGCACGGUUUUAUCUCAAGAAGCUUCACCCGACAGUAUAAACUGCCCGACGGCACUGAAACCAAAGAUUUGUCUGCCAUCCUGUGUCACGACGGAAUUCUGGUGGUGGAAGUAAAGGAUUCAGGUGGGACCAAGUGAAAUCUUAACGGUGCCUGUUCAUACAGCACGAGGAAGAUUCUAGUUCUGCCCAUGGUAUCACGAGAAUGUUCUGGCAGAGGUUGCCUCCGUCUGUCAGCAGCUCUGAUGAGGCUUCCAUCUCUCCUCUGGCUCCAGCCCAGAAUGGACCAAUAGUUCUGUUUCCUUUUCCCUGUUCCUCAGGCUCAAGGGGGUAAUGACUUCCCAUUGUUACUGGUCUCUGGGUGCCUAUAAGUCUGCAUCAAUUCUGAUGUGUGGGAGUUUUUCCCAUAUCACCAAGCAAUUCUGCCAUACCAGCUGGGUAUACUAAAAUUCAACUCAGUUCUGACACUAUCUACCCAUAGAUCCUACAAGUUAAGGGGUCAGUCCAACAAGAUUGCUCCCCUAACCCCAACUUCAGACAUCAGUUGCAAGCCCAGGUUAUUACCUGUGUUUCUGAUCAACUGGCUAUAGACUGGCGAUUCCAAUGACCCCUUCCUUGGGUUGGAUUAAUUUGCUGGAGCAGCUCAGAGAGCUCAGAGAAACAUUUUACUUAUUAGAUUACUAGUUUAUUAUAAAAGGGUAUAUAACUCAGGAAGAGGCAGAUGGAAGAGAUGCAUAGGACAAUGUAUGGGGAAAGGGUGAGGAGGCUCCAUACUUUCUCUGAGUGCCUCUCUCCUCGAAUCUUCACACGUUCACCAACGUGGAAACUCUCCGAACCGCUUCCUUUUGGGUUUUUAUGGAGGUUUCAUUACAUCGGUAUGAUUAAUUAAAUCCUUGGCCAUUGGUGAUUGAAUUCAAUUUCUAGCCCCUUUCCUCUUCCAGGGAUGAGGACUGAAAAUUUUCCAAACCUUUAACCACAUGAUUGGCUCCACUGGCAACCAGCCCCCAUCCUAGGUUACCAAGGGGGUUUCCAAAAGUCACCAUUAGCCUAACAAAAGACAACUCUGUGACUCUCCCCACUUAGGAAACUCCAAGGAUUUUAGGAGCUCUGUAACAAAAAUGGAGACUAAGACCAACUAUAUAUUUCUUACUAGAAAUCCCAAUAUCACAGUGCCUCAACAUUUUUGUUGGUCCCUCAGCCCUGCCCACAUCUCUGUAAAUAAUCACAUUAUUAUAUAUUUUUUUAAAAUCCAAGCUAAGUAUGCUUUUUGUUUCCCCUUGGAACUCUGAAUGAUGUAUCCACCUAUAUAUUCUUCCUUUGGCAGAAAAAAGGCAUCUUUAAACAAACAAACAGAAAGAGAACAAAAAAAUAGGAGAACAUAAAAGGAAAUUUUUAUAAAUUAAGGAAUAUUUGCAAUUUUGGGGAUUUUGUCUAGUCUAUGUUUGAGACUAAAAAGUAUGAUGGUAUUCAGUGUUGCUGAGUAUGGUAAACAAUACCUCUUUGUUGCUGAUUUGUACCAUAAAUUAGCACAGUUUUUCUGCCAGAUAGUGUGUUAAGGCUCAGUAUAAUUUUAGAAGUAGAAGAGCAAGAAUUAAAGAAUUUACUCUAAUGAUACAAUAAAAACUUGCACAAAAAUUUGUGAGGCAUUCUUUACUUUGAAGUAUUGAAAACGUAAGAAAUUUGUUAAGCAAACUAAAGUCCAUCCAUAUUAUAAAACACUAUACUGUCAAUAAAAAUCAUCUUCCAGAAAAAUAUUGAGUGAAGUGGAAAAAUGCUCACUAAAUUUAAGGAGGGAAAGCAAGUUACAAAAGGUAUAUAAAAUUCCCACCUUUAUUUUCAGUGGGCAUAUCUCCAUGUCAAUAAGUUUUUGUUUAGGACGUGAUUCUAAUGGCAGUAUUGUACUUCAUAAUAUGGAUAUGCCAUAACUUAUUGUAUGCCGAGAAGAAUCAAAGGUUAAGUUUAAAAAUGCCAAAAGAGGAGAGGGAUCAAGAUGGUGGAGUAAGAAGACAUGGAGCUCACAUCCCACCAUAAACAUAUCAAAGAUAUAUCUGCAUGUGGACCAAUUCUCAUGGAAAACUAACUGGAAACUGGCAGAACUCCUACACAACCAAAGCUGCAAGAAAGAUUCCCCCACAUAUACUGGGAUCCCCAGUUCCAGCUGAGUAAAUAAGUGCAUACCUAUCGAUAAUUACUUUAAACGUCAGUGGACUAAAUGUUCCAAUCUAUAGACAUAGGAUGGCUGACUGGAUAAAAAAACAAGAUACUCCAAUAUGCUGUCUAUGAGAGACACACUUCAGGGUAAAAGACACACACAGACUGAAAGUGAGGGGAUGGAAAAAGAUAUUUCAUGCAAAUGGAAACAAAAAGAAAGCAGGAGUAGCAAUACUUGUAUCAGACAAAAUAGACUUUAAAAGAAAGCUAUAACAAAAGACAAAGAAGGGCAUUACAUAAUAAAAGUGAUCAAUACAUGAAGAGGGUAUUACACUCAUUGACAUACAUGCACCCAGUAUAGGAGCAAAACAAAUACUAACAGACAUAAAGGGAGAAAUUGACAGGAAUACAAUUAUAAUAGGAGAUUUAGUACUCCUCUGAUAUCAAUGGACAGCUUUCCCAGACAGAAAAUCAAUAAGGCAAUAGAGAUCCUAAAUGACACAAUAGAAUAGUUGGACUGAAUUGAUAUCUAUAAGACAAUACAUCUAAAAAACAAAAAAACCAGAAUACACAUUCUUUUCAAGCAUGCAUGGAACAUUUUCUAGGAUUGACCACAUACUAAUAUACAAAACAAGCCUCAACAAAUUUAAGUGGAUAGAAAUUAUUUCAAGCAUAUUUUCUGACCACAAUGGUGUGAAACUAGAAAUCAACCACAGAAAGAAAAACAGGGGAAAAAAAAUGAUCACAAGGAAAUUAAAUAACAUGCUGCUAAAAAACCAGUGGGUCAACAAUGAAAUCAAAGAAGAAAUCAGACAAUAACUCAAGACAAACAACAAUGAAAACACAACCUUACAAAAUCUAUGGGAUGCAGCAAAAGCAGUUCUAAGAGGGAAGUUCAUAGUGAUACAGGCCUUCCUCAAAAAAAAAAGAAAAAUCUCAAAUAAACAACCUAACCUGUCACCUAAAAGAAUUAGAAAAAGAAGAGCAACCAAAGCCCAAAAUCAGCAGAAGGAAAGAAAUAAUAAAGUGAGGAAAUAAAUAAAAUAGAGAUUAAAAAAUAGAAAAUAUCAAUGAAACCAAGAGCUUCUUUUUGAAAAGAUAAACAAAAUUGAUAAACUUUUAGUCAGACUCAUCAAGAAAAAAAGAGAGCCCAAAUCAGUAAAAUCAGAAAUGAAAAAGGAGACGCUAAAACCAACAUCACAGGAAUACAAAGGAUCAUAAGAGAUUACUAUGAACAAGCAUUUGCCAAUAAAAUGAACAACCAAGGAAGAAAUGGACAAAUUUCUAGAAAAAAUACAGCCUACCGAGAAGGAGUCAAGAAGAAACAGACAAUUUGAACAGUUGGAUCAUUAGAAACUAAAUCGAAACUGUAAUAAGAAAAACUCCCAGCAAACAAAAGUUCAGGACCAGAUGGCUUCACAGGAGAAUUCUACCAAACAUAUAAAGAAGAGCUUAUACUAUCCUUCUCAAACUGUUCAAAAAAAUUGAAGAGGAAGGAACACUCCUAAAUUCAUUUCACAAGGCCAUUACCCUGAAACCAAAACCAGACAAGGACACUACAAAAAAAAAGAAAAUUACAGGCCAAUAUCUUUCAUGAAUAUAGAUGCAAAAAUCCUCAACAAAAUAUUAGUAAACCAAAUCCAACAAUACAUAAAAAGGAUCAUACACCAUGAUCAAGGUGGAUUUAUUCCAGAGUCACAAGGAUGGUUCAGCAUAGGCAAAAGUGUUUACUCAUUCAAUGAACAUGUCCCAUCUCUAUUCUAUUGGAUUAUUCUGAAGAAAUCAGCAUUUUUAGGACCAAAAAUCCUAAGAGGUUAUGAGCUAUAAAAUGUAAUAAGCACAGAUCAUUUUUAUUUCUAAAAGCCUAGUUUUCAGUGUAUUGCAAAUUAUUUUCCAAUUUGAACUGUAGAUGCAGCCCAGAACUUCAUUUAAGCUAAGUGUUUAUUAGUGGGGGAGAUCAAAUGAGCUGUCUUGGCUGAACGGCAGGCCAGGAAAGCAUGUCUCCUUUCUUCACUUUCCCCGGUGGAUUUGACUGGAUGGGACAGCCACCAUCAUGUCCCUCUGUGAAAUGCUACAGUGGGGUUGCUGGGCUCUUCAAAGCAGCUGCCAAGCACAUACCAUUCUCCUGAAACACUACUCUUUGAAAGGGUGGAAUUUCCCUGUGCUCUUGUUUCAUCUCCCCAAGCCCAGUAUUCUCAAAUUCUCCAAGCAACGCUCAAAGUCUUGGAGAACUCAGUGUGGCUUUAAUUUUCAGUUGCUAUCAAAUGGGAUACAAUUAAUUUCUUGUGGAACUGAUUAUUUUUAAUUUGCCAGGAAAUUCUAAAUAGGCUCUUUUGGUGCUAAGUCUAUGAAUAAACUUUAUUCUUGGGACAAGGAAGAAAUAACUAAACCUCUAAGGAUUGUAACUUCAUGGCAAAAAACCAGAGUAAUUAGGAAAGUAGACUUUGAAAGCAAACAAAUAUAGACAGACGGGGGUUUGAGUACCAACUUUGCAACUUUCUAAUCUGGUCAUUUUGGUCAGUUUGCUUAACCUCUCUAUGCUUCAGUUUCCUCACCUGUAAAAUGGGGAUAAUUAUAGUACUGAUCACAUGUGUUUUGAAGAUUAAAUGAGAUGAAGAUAUAGGGUGACCAACAGGCCUGGUUUUUGCCCAGGCCUGAGGGGUUUCUUGGGACACAAGACUUUCAGUGCUAAAGCUGAGAUAUUCUGGGCAGACUAGGAUGGCUGGUCACCCUAUAAGAGGUCAGGUACUUAUAUAAUGCCUGGUAUCCAUAAAUGAUAGCCAUUAUUUUAUGUAUUACAAAUAUCUUUAAGCAUAUUCCCAUGGACAUGUUUUCUACAUAGGUUAAUUAGACACAUCUCGACUUUAUGCUUUAUAAAAAGACUAAAACAUAUAACAAAAAAAAUGCUUCAUUAGUAGAUCAGCAUCACUGUCCAUUUUUAAGAUCUACUUGGUUAUUUCUAAAAUUCUACAAGUCUAUGUUUUUGCUUACUGACGCCAAGUCUUGAAAAACCUCACAUUGCUCUGUGAAGUAGUAUGUAAGUACAUAUUUCUUCAAAAGUGCACUGUGGCAAGAUAAGAAGCUUUGUCACAAUAAGAAAUGACUUGUAGGGCUUCCCUGGUGGCGCAGUGGUUGAGAGUCUGCCUGCCAAUGCAGGGGACACGGGUUCGAGCCCUGGUCUGGGAAGAUCCCACAUGCCGCGGAGCAACUAGGCCCGUGAGCCACAACUACUGAGCCUGCGCGUCUGGAGCCUGUGCCCCGCAACAAGAGAGGCCGCGACAGUGAAAGGCCCGCGCACCGCGAUGAAGAGUGGCCCCCACUUGCCACAACUAGAGAAAGCCCUCGCACAGAAACGAAGACCCAACACAGCCAAAAAUAAAUAAAUAAAUAAAUAAAUAAAAAGCACUUUCUUAAAAAAAAAAAGAAAUGACUUGUAGAAUAAUCUUUUUAGUACAACGAAUAAAAAGUCAUUUAGGGGACAUCAAGAUUUUGGACACAAUAUUUCCAUGUGAAACAUUUCUACUUAAGACGGCCUACUGAGCAUACUUCUUUAUCAGUCCUCUCCUACCUGUCAGUCCUAUUUAACGACAUAAAUUUCUCUUGUGUCCUUAUUCUCUGGCAUUGCAGAGACUAGGAGGGAGCUUAUCAGGUGACCUCAGAUUGUGGCAAACUCCUGGCUGACCAAAAGCUCUUGGGAUCUCAUUGACAAAUCAGGGGAAAGGGAUGCGGAGCCAUUGUUUUCUAAGUUUGUCUGGUUUUAAGAGUCACCUGGGGCUCUUAUUAAACAUACAGAUUUCCAGGUUCCUCCAAUAGAGAUACUGAUUCAGAGAGGGGGUGGAGAGCCCUUGAACCUGUAACUGAUUGGUAGCCCUUGAACCUGUAACUGAUUGAUGUCCCCUGAGACGUUUAUGAUGGGGCAAGUUUGGAAGUGGUUCUCAACCAGGGAUUGUCAUUAUGCCUGAAGGUCUCCAAGCACUUAAUACCCUGGAACCAAGGAUGAUAAACAUCCCGCAGUGCUUGAGCCAACACAAUACACAAAACAGACCCUGGAAACAGGACAACCACUGUAUAGAAUUUUACAUGGAACUCUACACUUCAUUUAGACACUCCAUUAACGUUUGUUAACUUAACAAAAUUAUCAAUAUCCCAAGGAGCUAGACUAAGUAUAGGCUGACCUGGUAAUUUUCCAGCAGAUGAUAACAUCUCCCUCUUGAGGGAUAAGGGAAAAUUACUUUCAUACAAGCAAUUAUUUUUAAACUGAUUUAUUCCUGUUCUUAUUUUCUUCGAAGAUUAUAUAAUGCUGUGUUUUAUAUGUAACACCAGGAGAGAGAGUACUAUUCCUUUCAGAAGGGACACUCUGAAAGAAAAGAAAUAACCACGUGUAAAAAGAUAUUCUUUAACAAGUCUUGUUCUUUGUUCCCUUCCUACUUACCGCUCAUCAACAUGGAAUGCGUAAUGCUUGUCCUUCUAUUUACCUUUUUAUUCUUUCUGCAGUGGUUCUCAAGUAUAGUUCUCUAUACCUGGAAGGUUUAAUUUUCCUAGGGUUCUGUCUUCUCCUAUUUUAGGUUUUCUUCUUGUAUUUUCUUCUCCCCAAGUGCCUUCAUUUCCCCCGUGCUUACUUUCUGUCCAUCUACUUCUCUUUCUUUCAUUUUCUCUCUAGCAUUUAGUCCCUCCUGCCUUUUGAUCUAGAACCUUUAGUGCCUGUAUUAUUCCUUGGAUGUUACAGGCCAGCUGCCUGAUGUGGGAUGACCAGCUGUCCCAGUUUGCCCUGUACUAAGACCCCUCUGUCCCAGGCCAACCAGGAUGGCUGAUCACUCCACUUAACCAGUAACCUGGGGAAAUAAUACACCGACACCAGGUGGAGGGAGGAGUAACUCUGUUAUUGGUAGUACCCCGCUGGGUUGCUGUAGUUUUUUAAUUAGUGAUUGUUGGAAGAGCAUGCAAAUGCAAAUAAACCAAAUAGGGGUCAGAACCAAUUAUUAGCAAGAGUUUCUCUGGUCCUUUCUGUGAAGGACCAGAGAAACCAAGUAUAUGACUAAAAGAGACUUGGAAGAUCAGUGUGAGAGACUGAGUUGGUCAUUAGAGCUGAAGGCUGUGAAGCUCAUGUGUGUAGCCCUGCCUGUGGAGAAAAGAGGAUAGCUUUGGCACUGAGAUGUUUGAGCUGAGUAAAAACCCCUGAUGACGUAGUCUAUUCCAGAGUAACCGACAAAUCAGGAGGACGCAUUGAAGAGGCAGAAAUGGCUCUACCUGCUCCUGGGAAGCAUUGUGGAGGCUGAGUCUUACCAGUCUGAGUUGCAGGAUCAGAGACUUCUCACCGGCGAGCUGAGUGGGAGUUCUCUCAGGGGCUCAGUGGAGCCCGGAACAGCCUUCUGUGGCUUUUCUCCAGUGCUCUGCGAAUUAGAGUAGUUAGGGGCUAAAACGUCUGACCAAAAACAAGCUUCACCACCCCUGUCGUUCUACCAUGAAAAGGACCCUUCCUCUUUUACCUUCAGAUUGUCUUUGAACGUGCCAAUAUUCUUAGUCAAAGGCCAUACUAUACUAUAACUCAUCCCCACUGCGAUGCUAACUGAUGACCCAGGGUUUGUUUUAUUUUUAGGAGCCAUAGGAAGAGCAGCUCUGUCGCCUCUUCACUUCCCCUGUGAGAGAGGAUUCCUGCUUCCAGGCGCACACAAUGCCUAUUUGACAAAUUAGACAGUUUUGAAUACAUGACUUAUUCUUCCGUAAUUAAUUCAUUCUAGCGGAAAGCACAGGACUGUGAGAUUCUUAACAGACGAAGGGAGUGAAAUCCAAGACUCUCAAGUACUUCUGGGGGAAGUCAGACUCAACCAUUGCCUCCUUGUCUUCAUUCAGCAGACCGCUUAUUGAGCAUUUAGUACCUACUGAGCACUCUGCUUGGUGUUGUAGAUAAAACAAUGAAAACAGUAUAAUUCUUGACCUCCAGGCACGGACGCUAUGGUUUUUAGAAAGUUACAUACGUAUGAAUAAUAAAGGUGACAGGUGCUAGAGUCAAAGCAUAUUCAGGUUACAAGGUAAGGGUGUAGUCCGUUCUCCCUGGGCUGUGGUCCCUGUAGAGAUCUAGCCUACCAGCUCUGGAGGAGAAGGUCUGUGACUGUGAUUGAUUUAUUCAUCAUUGAUCUCCACUGCCUCACACUUAGUAGGUGCUCAGUAAAUCGUUUUUCAACGAGCAAAAGAUGGUGCUGCCAUAAAGCGUGGUGGAUAUGCACAGAAACAAUGCAAGCAGUUCAGCCAAAGGGUCCAGGUACUGCACGAUCGGGCCCUGCCUCCCUCUCCAGCUGCCAUCUCCCAUGCUCUGCUCCCCUUCCAACAUGCUGAGCAGUUAAGGCUUUACCCUGAAAGCAAUGGGGAGGGGGCGCCCAGAGCAUAGUUUUAUGUCGGGCUCUGAAAUGGUCAGCUUUGUGUUUUAGAAAGAUAAUUCUGGCUGCAGUGUGAAGGAUGGAUUAGAGGGGGAAACUCUGGAGUAGAGAAGAUCAUUCAGAUUAGCAGUCAUUCAGUUGGGAGAAUGCACACAAGAGUUGCCCGGUAACUGUCCAGGGCCCACCCCAGACCAUUUGAAUCAGAAUCUCUGGAGAUGGAAUCCAGAUAUCAGUAGUUAUAAAUUGUCCCAGGUGAUCCCGGUGAGACAUGAAGUUGAGAAUCAGCAGGAUAAGAUGGUUGCAGAAUGGAAAAAGGGGGCAUAGAUACCCGGGCUACUAGAGGUAGAGGAACAACACCCCUAAGUAGCAAGAGCAGGGGCCAUGAAGACAGGGAGGAAUUGAAUUACUCACAGGUUCUGGUUGGAGUCAUUGACAUGGGAAGUAAGGUGACUGGCCUUUCUAAUUUCCCUGGAGUAUCAUGCUUUCAGUACGGAUGCUCCCUCAUCCCAGGGAAGUUGAUCACCCUACAGGAAGGAGAGUGAUAACUUUUACCAAAAUAAGUAAAUAGGCAUCAGCGCGUGGUUGGAAGAAAGAUGAUUCAUUUUAAACAUGGGUGACAGCUGCUACGUAUUGGUGACUAAGGCUGUCCUAAAGCUCACAGCUGAGGAUCAAAUGAGCUAAAUUCCCUACAUUCUAAAUUCCUAGAAGCACAGCUGUUAGGGCCAUGCAUCCUCAGCAGGGCUUGCUAAGAGAAACCAGGAAGCAGAAGAAGCACCACCACAUCCCACCCUGAUAAUACGAUGAGGUUGAGAGGGAGAAGGCUGUUGCCUUUUGUAGAAGUACGUUACUCAUGUAGAACUACUUAGUUUCCAGAACAGGCCAGGGUGGCUCUGGGCUACCUCCUCAGAGCUGAGGGAAGGAGCUGACAAGAGAACUGCUCACAGGUGUGUGGGUCUCUGCCUGUGCCGGUCCCUGUCUGGACAGUUAGAGGGCACAGGCUCGCUGCCCAGCCCCCGUGCUACCAGGGUAGAGGAAAUGCACGUGGGGGAGAGAUGCUAUGGUGCGGGACUGCCGGGUGAAGCAGGGCCAAGACCUGCCCCCACUCAAACCCCAAGCGGUUUGGAAGAUGGAUCCCACAUGUGCCUGAAGAUGCAGGAGUUGGCUGUGAUUGCCAGAGGGUGAAGGGGAUUAAGAAGAAUACACCUGCAUUUAUAAAAUAAAAUAAGCCACAGGGAUAUCAUAUACAGCAUAAGAAAUAUGAUCAAUAAUACUGUAAUAAUUUUGUAUGGGGACAGAGGGUUACUAGGGUUAUCAUGGUGAUCGUUUUGUAAUGUACGCAAAUGUCAAAUUGCUAUGUAGUACACCUGAAACUAACAGUAUUGUACAUCAACUAUAUUUCAAUAAUAAAAAAUCCUUAGAUGCUAUUGCUUCCUUUCAGAGGCUCUUAGUUAAUGGAAUUAACUAGCUUAUUUAUCAUUAGAAUACAGUAGUAAUUUAAAAAACAAAUCUACACUAACAAGCUCAUUUGGGAAACAACAGCUGCUCCAAGAUUCCAGAGGAGACGGGGGAAUUAAAAACCUGAUCCCAGCUGAAGACAUUUCUAGACUGAAAGUGCCUGAUGUCUAACUCAAUGGAAAUGUGUUUGGAAUAUGUGUGGAAUGUAUAAAGUUUCCUUGUACUUCUUUUCUUCA